AGAUCAUCAAAUCCAUUCUUUUUCUUUGAUUUUCCAGUGUGGUCUUCCUCGAUUAGAUAGACAAUGUAGGGUUUAAAUCACCACAUCGUCUCGAUCUCGAGGAGUGGAGCGCAAAGGAGAGAGAGAGGAGGGAGAGAAGCAUCCAGUGUGUAAACUCGUGCGCUUGCUCUGGCUAUGGCGAAAAUGCGGGGAAUAUCCCCGCUUCUCUCUCCCCAGUGAUGGCAAUGGCAAGUGCGUGUGGGCAGCUCUGAGCGAGAGGGCGAUGGCGGCCUAGGCCAGGCAGGGAGACAAACGAAGAAGGAGCGAGCGAGCGAUCAUCUCGCGCCACGGUAGCUCGCGGCGGCGGGAUGGCAAUGCGGCUAGCGGUGCUAGCGCUCCUGGCGAUGGCGGUGGCGGCGCAGGAGGAUGUGGAGUGCCUGCGCGAGAUCAAGAGCUCGGUCACCACAGCGGGCGAGUAUCUCCAGUCGUGGGAUUUCAACACCAGCGCUGCCAACAUUUGCAACUUCCUGGGCGUCCAGUGCCUCCAUCCCUCGGAGAUCAAGGUCUAUAGUCUCUCCCUCCCCGGCGCUGGACUCCAUGGAUCCUUCCCGCGAGGUCUCAGGAAGUGUAGCAGCCUCACUGGCCUGGAUCUCUCGAGCAACUUCUUCACGGGGCCAAUCCCUGCCGAUCUCUGCCAGAUGCUGCCUUACCUCGUCAAGCUCGAUCUCUCGCAGAACAACAUCUCCGGGAUCAUCCCCCAGGAUCUCUCGCAGUGCCUCUACCUCAAUCAGCUGCGCCUCCAGAGGAAUCGGCUCGAGGGCGGGAUCCCGGGCCAGAUUGGGCUCCUCCCUCGCCUCCGGGAUUUCAAUGUCGCGGACAAUCGCCUCUCGGGGCCGAUUCCAUACACAUUCCACGCAUUCACGGAGCUCUCCUUCGCGGGCAACGAGGCGCUGUGCGGCGCGCCGCUGGGCGCCAAUUGCAAGGGCGGUGCCGCCGGCGCCGCGGCGGCGCACCGCGCGGCACGGGCCCGGACCGCCGUGGUGGCCGGCGUCGCCGCCGGCGGCACGCUCGCGCUGCUGGCGGCGUGCUUCCUCUGCUGCUGGGUGGUGCUGGGUGGGCAGCGGCGGCGGCGCAAGAGUGGCGCGGAGCUGGAGGAGGAGCUCCUGGAUAACGCGUGGCUCCGGCGGAUCAAGUCGCCCAGCGCUGUACUCGUCUCCAUGUUUGAGCAGCCCAUCGUCAAGAUCCGGCUCUCGGACAUCGCCGCCGCUACCGCCGGAUUCUCCCGCGACGCCGUCAUCGCCAUGUCCCGGACUGGAGUGUUCUACAAGGCGACGCUGCGCGACGGCUCCGUCCUGGCGGUGAAGAAGCUCCGCCGCGCCGCCAUGCACAGCGCGGGCGAGAAGCACUUUCGAUCGGAGAUGGAGGCCCUGGCCAAGGUCCGCCACCGCAACCUCGUGCCCCUCCUCGGCUACUGCAUCGCGGGCAACGAGCGCCUCUUAGUCUACAAACACAUGCCGUGCGGUAACCUCUUCAAUCGGCUGCAUACCGCCGCGGCAUCCACUCCGGGCGACAGCUCCUCCGGCUCCACCUCGGGGCGGCUCGACUGGGCCGCGCGGCUUAAGGUGGCGGUCGGUACCGCCCGCGGGCUUGCGUGGCUUCACCACAGCUGUAACCCGCGACUCGUCCACAAAGGUAUCACCUCGGCCAGCAUUCUACUGGACGAGGACCUGGAGCCGCGAAUCACGGACUUCGGCCUGGCCAGGCUGAUAGUUACCGGGCGCGGUAGGCCCGGUGGCGCCGGCGGUAAGAGUAACAGUGACGAGGAUGGUUUUUACGUGCCGCCCGAGGACUACUCCACGACGUAUUCACUGUCGCGGGCGACUAGCAUGAGCGCCGCGUCCACGACCGCGACACCAAAGGGGGACGUCUACGCGUUUGGGGUCGUGUUGCUGGAGCUCGUGACUGGGCGGCGGCCCAACGAUGGUAACGCUGGCGUCGGCGGUGGCGGCGGCGGUGGUGGUGGCGGUGACACUGGUGAUGGUGGAGGUGACAGUGAGGGUGGAGUUGCCGCGCGGUCUUCUUCCUCCAGGAGGAGCCUGGUGGAUUGGAUUGGCGAGCUCUUCAAGAGCGGCCAUGUCUCCGAGGCGGUGGAUCCGUCGCUGGUGGCGGAGGCGUCGGUGCUGCUGGCGGCGGGGAAUGGCGAUAGCAGCAACGGAAGCUCCGGGCGGCGGAGGGAGGUGAUGCAAGUGCUCAAGAUCGCGUGCUCGUGUGUUCUAUCCUUCCCAAAGGAGAGGCCCUCCAUGUACGAGGUCUAUCAUAUGCUCCGGGCAGUCGGGGAGGAUUACUAUCCGGUGGAGAACUUGAAUCCACUGCACAAUCACGCGAGGAAUCACCAAUUCCAGCAGCAGCAGCGGCCGAGAAGGAGUGGGAGGAAGUUCUUUGGGAAUCGGUGUGGUGAUCAGGAGGAGCAGGACUUGGAGAGUGGCGGCGCGCAAGCGGCGCCAGCACCUCCUCCGCCAGUGUUAGCGGCGCCAGAUCUUGCGGAAGCUGCUGCGAUUGCCACUGCUGCCAGCGCCGAUGACAAUCCCGGAGCUGCCAAGGCUUCUUCCUCCUCGGAGCAAACUGGAGUCCAAAUGCAAAGAUUGAACGCUUGAAAUUCUUCGCGCGCCUGUUUGAUUUAAAUUAUAGCGGAUAUUUGACUA